AUGUCACUGUGGUUUCUACUCAGCACCCCAGUCUGGGGUCCCGGCUCCGUCCUCCUCACGGUGGUCCUCCUGCUUAGACUAAGUGUGUGUAUCUGGUGUUAUCUCUGGGACCUCCAGCACUGCUCCACAGACCUGACCGGGAAGACGGCAGUGGUGACUGGGGCCAACAGCGGCAUCGGGAAGAGCGUGUCCCAGGAGCUGGCCCACUGCGGGGUGCAUAUGAUCCUGGCCUGCUGCAGCCAUGAGCGUGGACAGCAAGCCCUGGCCCAGAUACGAGCAGCCUCACAGAGCAACCAGCUCCUGCUUGGUGAGGUGGACGUGAGCUCGAUGGCCUCCAUCCGGAGCUUUGCUCAGUGGCUUCUGCAUGAGCAUCCGGAGAUACACCUACUGGUUAACAAUGCUGCAGUCUGCGCUUCACACUUCACUGCCCUGAUCUUGGCACAUACAUGCUCCUGUGGCUUUUCUACUGAACCCCCAUACAUCCUCCCCAGACAUCAUCUCCCUCAAGGUUGUCAUUCCACCACCCACCACCUACGUUUUCAUCUCCUCCCAGGAUUGCCCACAACACGUACCCCAGAGGGCCUCGAUGUCACCUUUGCCACCAGCUACACUGGACCCUUUCUGCUCACAAAUCUGCUCCAAGGGGCCCUACAACGGGCGGGGGCAGCCCGAGUGGUCAACGUGUCUUCCUUCCGGCAAGAGAAAGGGUACAUUGACGAGGAGCACCUGACAGGGGCUGGUAGACCUUUGACCUUCAACCAGAACUAUGACUGCAGCAAACUGCUUUUGGCCUCAUUCACUGGGAAGCUUGCCCAGAGACUUCAAGGGACAGGUGUGACUGUGAACUCUGGGGACCCUGGCGUUGUGUACACGGAGAUCAUGAAGAAUUUCUCUUGGUUAUAUCGUUUCAUCUUCUGGCUCCUCAGCUUCUUCUUCAAGAACAGCAAACAGGGUGCAGUCCCAGUGCUCUACCUGAGCUUGGCAAAGGAGCUAGAUGGCAUUUCUGGAAAACAUUUUAGCAGUUCCGGUGUGAUAGCUCUUGCCCCUAAAGCUGCUCGAGAUCUUCACGUGGCCCAAAGCCUCUGGGAUACUUCAGCCUGACUAACAGAUCUAGACAAGAUGGACUGACCUCUGUGACCCCUGCCCUGACUCGCCACUUUCCCCAUGACUCCCAGCCCUCACUCGGAUUUUGCCUUCUGCUUGUCAGUUCCAAGGAACAAUCAAUCACCUUGUUCAGUGUAAUCGCCACUUCCUCUUCCUGUUGGCUCCACACAUGAGAGCUCAGCUUAGCCUGGGGACAGCUCCAGCUUCUA